AGAGUUCUUCCAGUCAGUCUUUCGGUUGAGCUAGAGGCUAACGCACUGCUAGUCUGAAAAAUGCUUGUACUGAGAUCGGUGCUCGUAUGGCUGAUCCUUUUACCCGGUUACUUGGAAGGAGCUCGCAUUCUUGCUCUGUUUCCCGUACCCAGUCAAUCGCAUUAUUAUCAUGCUCUGCCUUAUCUGAGAAACUUAGCAUCUCAGGGUCAUGAAAUAACAUCUGUAAACCCAUUUCCAUCGAAAGAACCAGUGGAUAAUAUACACGACAUUCCUGUUCCGGAAGUAUUUGAAAGUUUUGAUGAAUUAUUAAAAAUAAUGACAACUCCCAAAAACACUUGGGAAUUUUUUGAUGUUAUCAAUGAUUUUGUGUAUAAUAUUACGAAGGUUGUGCUCAAUAAUGAUAAAGUACGUCGAGAGAUUCUGAAGCCAGGAAAUGCCCAGUUUGAUCUGAUUAUUGUGGAUCUGUGGAAGUACGAUGCUCUAUAUGGACUUGCUGCCUACUUUGAUGCCCCAAUCAUUGGAAUGGCUCCAUGUGGAACUGAUUGGAAGAUAGAUGAAUUGGUCGGCAAUCCAUCGCCAAUGUCAUACUUACAGUCUCCUUCAUCCUACUACUACGACUUAGAGACUUACAAUGGUCGUCUAUCACACUUUUUGGAACGUUCUAUUUCUUGGAUAAAUUGGCAUUGGCGUUAUAAAGAAAAACAUGAGGCCCUCUAUAGAAAGUAUUUCCCGAAAAUAGCUGAAAAGCAACCACUCUCUGAGAUAUCCCAAAAUAUUGCUUUGGUUUUGGUUAAUCAGCACUUUACAUUGGCUCCACCUCGGCCAUAUGUACCCAAUGUAAUAGAAGUGGGUGGUAUGCAUAUCAAUCAACAGCCAAACGCAUUGCCUAAGGAUUUAGAGGACUUUAUCCAGGGAGCUGGUGAACAUGGAGUAAUUUACUUUUCUCUUGGCACUAAUGUUAGGAACAAAAAUCUGGCAGAGGAUCGCAAGAAAGUAUUGCUCGAAACAUUUUCCAGCCUGCCUCAGCGUAUUUUGUGGAAAUUCGAGGAUGAGGAUUUGCCGGAGAUACCUUCGAAUGUUUUUAUAAGUAAUUGGUUUCCACAGCAGGAUAUUCUGGCCCAUCCAAACGUUAAACUUUUCAUAACUCAUGGAGGAAUGCAGAGCACUAUUGAAUCUAUUCAUCAUGGUAAACCUAUGCUGGGUUUGCCCUUCUUCUAUGAUCAGUUUGGGAAUAUGGAACAUAUUAAAAAUCAAGGCCUAGGUUUAGUUCUAAGCUAUAAUGAUAUGACAGGUGAGGAGUUCAAGGCCGCAAUUGUACGUUUGCUUACGGAAAAGAGUUUUCUUACCAAGUCAAGGACUACUGCGGCUAGGUAUAGGGAUCAACCCAUGAGUCCUUUGGAAACAGUCAUCUGGUGGACUCACUACGUACUACGACACAAGGGUGCUCCGCACAUGAGGGUGGCAGGUAGAGAGUUAGAUUUUUUCACCUAUCAUAGUUUGGAUGUUUUGGGGACAUUCCUUUUGGUCUUUAUAGCUAUUCUUGUUAUUAUUGUUAUUUGUGUGGUUAAAGUUGUAAAGGUGUCCUUACGGCUUUUGAUUGUUAAAAAGAAACGAAAGCAAAAAGUUCACUAGAUUUUAGACGUAACAAACUUAAAAUAUAAAUAUAAAUUCAAAAGUUUGAGUAAAAUGAA